CCAGCGAGGUGGAAGCCAAAUGGAGAAGGAAGUUGAGGUUCAUGGAGAAGGAGAGAUGGAGGACAUCCAUGGAGAAGGAGAGGUGGACAGCGUCCAUGUAGAAGGAGAGGUGGAGGGCGAGGUUGAUGCCGUCCAAGUCGAGGAGGAUGGCGAUGUGGAGAUGACGCAAGGCCAAGUACAAGAACUAGAGGAUGAAUUUCAGAUGGUUCAUAAAAACAUCGAAGAUCUUUUUGAUAAAGUGGAUCGUGCAACCAACGUCGAAGCUACAGAUGCAAGGAUUUUGGCUAGAAAGCACCUAGAGGCCCAAACAAAAAGGUACUUAUCAGCUUAGGGAUGUCGUCCAUGCCCGAGAGGAGACCAACGAGGCCAGAUGGAAACACAUCACCCGGAUCUCCAUCGAGCGGUAUCAUGGCGGCCGAGUGGCAGGGAAUUUCGAACUCAACGCUCGAACCCGCACCGACGCCGUCGCCCGUAAAGCAGCGCAGGUCGCCCGAAAUGAGGCGUACCGCCUGCUUCGGCCAUAUAUGAAGGACCAGCAUCGCAAGGAAACUCCAGCUACACCCGCGGUGAUGCAACACUGGCAGAUACGUGAAGCAAUGGCGGCAAGGCGGACACGUGACCAUCAGGCUAAGAGGAAGAACGACAGUGAAGCCUAGCCAUCGUGCGUCUGGGCAAUGACGAGUAGGCUAGGUUCUAGUUAAAAUUUAGCCGUUUUUUCAUCUAACUCUGUAAUACAUGAUAAAAUUGAAAAAAAUUUAAUUUAUGUUGAAUUUAAAUGUGUAAAGUGCAUCUGGGAACGCAGAUGAGAACGAAAAUGCCUCAAACACGCACAUGAUGAAAUUUCCUAAUCGAUGGAUAGGGGCUUUUGCCGAACGUAGCUUGAAGUACAUUAGGGUUUGUAGCAUAGAAAACAAAAAAAUUCUACCGCAAAAACGAAUAAAACCAAGAUCCAAUCUAUGGAAAAGCCAAGAUC